UACACGUAAAGACCAACAUUAACAGGCAAUUGAACCGGACAAUUUUUUUUUAAAAUUCAAUGCACAUCAGCAAUUAAGGAUCUCCAUUUUUUCAUAGUACCAUUGUUGUUGAUUUUUCCAUGAUCUAGCUAAAACUGGUUUAAUUAAUUUUCACUAAGUUUGAGAUUAAUCCAAGAGAUAUUAACAACCAAUUACUACAUACUGUGGGACUAAUUAACCUACACUAAUUAACUCAUUUUCUUUGAUUUGAUUGAUCAAAAAUAAAGAAUGCAGGAUCAUAUGAUGCCUUCAUCACCAUCAACACCAACUCGAAUUCGACGUAGACGAAUUCAGGAGGUAUUUCCCGAGCUAGGCAAAGUAAACGGGAGCCAGAUAGUUAUGGAGGAUCGAAACAGAUAUAGAACUAUGUGGAUUCGCACGUAUUCUUCUCUAUGGAUGCUUAUAAGCAUCAUCAUAAUUCUAUACUUAGGCCAUUUGUAUAUUUGUGCAAUGGUCGUCGUCAUCCAAAUCAUCAUGACCUCGGAGUUGUUCAAUCUACUCAGACGAACUGAUGAAGAUAGGUGUCUACCAGGAUUUAGGCUACUAAACUGGCACUUUUUCUUCACCGGAAUGUUGUUUGUAUAUGGACGUAUACUCAGCCAACAACUUGUGAAUACUGCGACUAUAGAUGAAUUCUCUUAUAAGCUAGUAAGCAAGGUCAUCAAGUAUCAGAUGGUCUUUUGCUAUUUUCUGUACAUUGCAGGACUUGUUUGGUUUAUACUAACGUUAAAGAAGAAGACAUACAAGUAUCAGUUUGGUCAGUAUGCGUGGACACACAUGGUUCUAUUUGUGGUCUUCACUCAAUCGUCUUUUACUGUAGCCAACAUACUCGAAGGCAUUUUCUGGUUCCUUCUUCCAGCAUCACUCAUAGCGAUGAAUGAUGUGGCAGCUUAUUUCUUUGGUUUUUUCUUUGGGAAGACGCCUUUGAUCAAGCUGUCUCCGAAGAAGACAUGGGAAGGCUUCAUUGGAGCAUCGAUUGCCACCAUGAUAACAGCUUUCUUGUUUGCAAAUGUCCUCGGCCGCUUCCAAUGGUUGACAUGUCCAAGAAAGGAUCUAUCGACUGGUUGGCUUGAGUGUGAUCCUGGUCCUCUAUUCAAGCCAGAAUACUAUUCUAUAGCUGGUUCGAUUCAAUGGUUCCCUCUGAAGGAGAUAUCGAUACUACCUGUGCAAUGGCAUGCUUUAUGCUUGGGUUUAUUUGCAUCAAUAAUAGCUCCGUUUGGAGGAUUUUUCGCUAGUGGUUUCAAGAGAGCCUUUAAGAUCAAGGAUUUUGGCUAUUACAUUCCUGGACAUGGCGGUUUCACUGAUAGAAUGGAUUGUCAGAUGGUGAUGGCAAUUUUUGUCUACAUAUACUACCAGUCAUUUGUUCCUCAAGAUUACUCCGUCGACAUGAUUUUAGAUCAGAUAGUAAGGAAUCUCAGCUUUGAGGAUCAGAAAAAACUUUACUAUAGGCUGAGCCAGAUUUUUAGACAGAAGCAGAUGGAAAGUUAUUGAACAAUGUUGUUAACUUUGCACAAAAUAUUAACAAUUGUAAAACACAUAAUCUAGCAAGCAAAGACACAAUUAGAAUAGGUAACAGAAGGUUUGAGUUAGAAAUAACUUGUCACAAAUGUAUUCGGAUUAAACAGCUCUGGUGUGCCUCACAAAAUAAAUGUAGUUUUUCACCAGCUUUAAAAGGUGACGAUAUAGAUGGUAAUAUAGAAGUUGGGAGGAUUUACCAGCCUGGAAAAUUGCCUCGUUGAUCAAAAAAGAUGCUCGAAUUAUGAGAACCUUCAUCAGUCCAAGCCAAAGAUUGGGCAGUAUAAGUUCUGGAAACUCGAUAUUGCUGAACUUGCUCGAAGCAUUUGGCUACAUCAGUUGCUGACAUUCUUUGAAUAACUUGGGACAGCGAUACCUAUGGAUCUUUAUGAGACGACGGAGUCUUCAGAAGCAUCAACCUAAGUCAACGCUUAUCAUUUCUUUGAAAAUUGAACAUCGAUACCUUUUCACCUAGUUAUGUACUGUAUUUCAGCAUUUUCCCUUAGCCAUUCAAGUACUUUAGCCCCUUCAAGUACCUCUUGUACCUGGGAAACAUUAACGGACCAUCAGACUAUGCAUUUCCCUUAAUAUGGAGAACAAACAUGAGACUUGAUUAAGUCUGGCGAAAUUUUUCGUAAAGAUAGUUGCCGUGUUUCUCUUAUGAUCAAGUUGCUUGAGGCUUUGCGAUCAAUUAUGUUUAAAAGGAUAUUGGCAGAACGAUUCAGUUAAAUACUAACCUGUUGCUUAACUC